AUGGAUAAACUUAAGGAGAAAAUCAAUAAUUUGAAAUUGGAUGCUGAAAAAUGGCAAGAGAAGUCUGAUGAAUUGUCUGAAAGGAUUAAGGAAUUGGAACAAGAAAGUUUGGAAAAGGAUAACCAAAUCCAAGCCCUCACUAGAAAGAAUCAAGUUCUAGAGGAACAAGUUGAAAAGUUGGAAACUAACCUUGAAGAAAUCAAGAGUACUGCUGAUGAAUCACACUCUUUGAAAACUUCCAAUGAAAACUAUACCAAAAAGAAUCAAGUUUUGGAAGAAGAAUUGGAAGAAGCUGACAAGAACUUGAAGGAGACUACUGAAAAAUUGAGAGAAACAGAUAUUAAAGCUGAACAAUUGGAAAGAAAAGUUGCCAGUUUGGAAAGCGAAAAGGAAGAGCUUGAAAAGAAGCAAGAGGAAUUGACUGAGAAAUACAAUGAAGUUAAGGCUGAAUUGGAUGAAAUCAGUCAACAAUUGGAAGCAAUCUAA